GCCCGCCGGGAAGGGAUGCGCGAGCCCCCUUCCUCCUUUUGCCGCCGCGGGCCCUCCUGCGCUUUUGCGCCUGAAGCCCGCCCGCAGUGGGACCGCGCCCGGGGACGGCGCUGCGGCCGGGACGGUGUGCCGAGCUGGGACCGCUUGCAUGGGCGAGGAGCGGCCCCCCAGCGCUCUCUCGGUGAGGAGGAAGGCGGGAGCCUGCCUGGGAAAAAUGAGAGUAGCGACGCUCGGUGCCAGACGAAGAGGAGCGAGGAGCGGCCGGUCGUCGUCCAGGUAUCAGCAGUAGAGGUCAACACCCCGGAGGAGAUGUUUGUGGAGAACGGGACGGACGCAAAGCUCCCAUGCACAUUCACAUCCGUAGAAGUGAUCAGCAGUGCAGCAUCUGUCUCCUGGAGCUUUCAGCCAGAGGGAGCAGCCACUCGUAUCUCAUUUUUCUAUUACUCUAAUGGCAAGUCAUACCCUGGAAAGGACAUACCAUUUAAAGACAGGAUCACUUGGGCUGGAGAUCUUAACAAGAAAGAUGCUUCUAUCACUAUAUCAAACAUGCAGUUCCGGGACAACGGCACGUACAUUUGCGAUGUCAAGAACCCACCUGACAUUGUUGUCAAACCAGGAGAAAUCCGAGUUAGAGUUGUGGAGAAAGACAGCCUGCCUGCGUUCCCCAUUGCCACCGUGGCGGGGAUAGCCAUCGGUACGGUUACAGGUCUCUCAUCGCUCAUCUCUAUUGUCGUGUGUCUUGUCAUCAGAAAGAACAACUCUAAAAAACGAUACUCUGGCUGCAGUACCUCUGAGAGCUUGAUGUCUCCGGUUAAGCAAGCUCCGCAGAAGGCGCCCUCCGACACAGAGGGCCUGGUAAACAGCGUGCCCGCCAGAUCACACCAGGGCCCAGUCAUUUACGCGCAGUUAGAUCACUCCGGGGGACAGCACAGCGACAAGAUCAACAAGUCAGAGUCUGUGGUCUACGCCGACAUUCGGAAGAACUGAGAUCCUCAGCUAUCCAAAGGACAACACACAUUCAGACUGGAAUUGCUUGAGCAAGAUUUCACCCAGAGAACUCACAUGUGGCCUUUGAUGCCUAGGCUAGGACCAAUGCAUGUGCAUACAGAGGGAGAAAUAUAUAUGUAUUGUGUGUAAAUAGUCUAUUUAAUCGUACAGAAGUGAGACCAAUGUUGCAUGUUGAAAUGCGGUAAGAAUUUUGCUUAUAAAUUGCCAAUAUUCUUUUUUUUUUGUAUCUUGUGUGACGAGAGAGAAAGUGAAAACUCGCAUCACAAUUUUAAAAUAUUUUUAUCUUGAUUAUUAAUGGAGAAACUGGAAGAUGCCUGAAGAUUCUAGACUGACCUGGAGAUUCUUUUUUCUUUGCUUAUAGGGCCCAAUUUCUUUUGUUGAGGUGACUAUAAAGAAGAUGUUUUCUUUAUAUUCAGAAUUCUUUAUGUAUACAGGGUAUUUAUCUUUCCUUGGUCACAUUCUCAGUAGAGGCUGCCUUCUCAAGUAAACUAGACCAUCUCACUUGGUCUUGUAAGCCAAAUUCUAACUCCUAGCUAUCAGAAAUGUAUGUCUUAGCAGUGUGAGUGAAGGAAACCUUUAGGCCUACCUGACCUGUGUAACGUGGGUCACAAAACUGUUUACUUCUCGAUGAGCCCAGCUAUUAAAGCUUAGUCCUUUAAGAGGCAGGGAUAGUGUUGAUCUAAUGAAUUCUGUGAAAUGGUAGUUUACCUGUGAAAACGAAGGAGAUAGUGAGUUAAAGGCAUAGGAAGCUGUAGCUGUAGGUGGUUACUUCAGACUCUGUUGAACCUUUCAGUGAAAUAUUUCUUCCUCAAAGCUCUGUCAUUUCAUGCAAGCGUUAAAAAGGGCUGCAAGGGAUCUGGAAGCUGUAGUACCCCCAUACCUCUCUCCCAUGUCUCCAAUAUGCCACUGUCACCUCCUUGGAGGUGCUUUAUCUGUUCUCAAAAGCCUGUAGUGGAGGCUGAACAACUUCUGGAGGAAAUCUAGGGCACUUUGUGUUUUUUGAUGUGUGUUUUUGUUUUUGUUUUUUUUUUUUAAUGUGUGACCAUUAUUUGCACAGAGAAUGCAGCUGGGCAGUUUAUUGCCUUCAUCUCUGCAAGUCUAGUGCUUGAAUACAAUUCUCCAGCCUCUUGUUUCUAGGUUAAACUCCUCCUAGAUUGUUAAGGAUCUCUGCUGAUGAGGAUUUCUUUUGCUGACCUAUUGUAUCCUGAAAUCUGGUGCUCAAAACUAGAAGUGGCCUUCCAGCAGAGAUUUUCUCAAGGUGGCAUAUAGAAGACAGAUUUCUGUUUUGUUUUGGAUUGUUAUUUUUUGGCAGCAAAUAGUUUUCAGUUUGGUCUAUGGUAACCCCUUUUCUCUGAUUCUUACCCAUUUACUAGUUCAGUCUGUUUCACAGAAUCAGUCCCAGAAUGGUUGAGGUUGGAGGAACCAACUCUGGGGAUCAUCCAGUCUUCCUCCAGCAGUGUUAGCCAGAGGAGGCUGCCCAGCACUGUGCCCAGUUUUGAGCAUCUCCACAGGUGGGACCUCUACAGCAUCUCUGGGCAACCUGUUCCAAACAAACUCAAGCCCACAUUUGACUCUUAACACCAAGCACAUGAAAAAUAGUUACAGGCCCAUGGCAGCCCUUUCACAACCACAUUAGAUAAUCCUUUAAUUAUGACAGUGCAAUUUUUAAUAACUAUUUUGUGUACAGUGGGAGUUUUGUCCCCAACAAAGUUAGGUAUGCCAACAUUAUAGUCUUUCAUCAGGAUCAGACUUCACAGGUAUCCUGACAACAGCUGCUUUUAUUAGAAAUCAACCGGUUUAUUUUUGUAUGCAUGUACUGGGUAGAUCUUAGGACAUUGUCCUCGAUGCCAGAACCAGCCUCUUAAAACUGGGGCUCAGAAGGAAACCAUGGAUUAAUUUAUUCUGCCAUAUGUCAGUUGCUAAUCCUGCAGUACCUGAAUUUGUGUAAUUCUUCUUCCAAGACUUGGCUGGUUUCAAAAAAAGGGCAUGUUUCAGUUUUAAAGCAUCAGUUUUUCAGGUAUUUGCCAAGUCUUGUAGGGAACUGAGACACCAAGCUGUGGCUAACUAACAGCUCUGUAAAUAUUUUAGCAUUUUAUUUUUUGGAAAUAACAUAUACAAGAUGAAAAACGGACUAAUUUCUUCUUCACA